AUACACGCUUUUAAAAGAACUGUCGACAUGGUUGAUUUGUUAAUGAGCCAAUUAUAUUGAAAAUGCGUUCUUCUUCUCUUAAGUUGCUAUACAUUCGAAUAACUGAAAUGAAUCCCUAUCGAAUAAUGACUAGAACAAUAGCUUUUUGAAUAAUCUGAAUUAAGUAAAUUUAUACAAAAAAUCUAUCUGACGUAAAAGACGCCACGCGAGGACCGUGUCAAACAUGCAAUGCAAAAAAGCUAGGUGCAUUCCCGCGCAUGGAUAUGUCGCAGUGCGGCUCAGUAAAGCGGUCCAUUGAAAGACGGUAAAGGAAAAGACUGGGCUAAUGAUUUGAUUUGAGCUAGCUGCAUGAGGCAUACGGCAAUCAACAAGCGAAAUUCCACACACAAUCCCUGCAUAAAAACACGCAUUCCAACUGCAUUCUCUCUCGAUACACUGUGGCCCCAGACACGUACACGUGAAAUACGAUUAAUUUUGUGUGUGCGGUGUGUGUGUGACGCGGUUUUGACCAUUCAACUGCAGUAUCUUUCUCCUCGCCUGCGAACCGGCUACACUCCUACAGGUCCUUGUUUUUGCCUCUAUCAUUAAUUUUACGUCAAUAUAAUGGCUGAUCAACUCACUGAAGAGCAAAUUGCAGAAUUUAAGGAGGCUUUCUCCCUAUUUGACAAGGACGGCGAUGGCACCAUCACUACUAAGGAGUUAGGCACAGUGAUGAGGUCACUGGGUCAAAACCCAACUGAGGCUGAGCUUCAAGAUAUGAUCAAUGAAGUUGAUGCUGAUGGAAAUGGAACGAUAGACUUCCCAGAAUUCCUCACGAUGAUGGCAAGGAAAAUGAAGGAAACAGACAGUGAGGAGGAGAUCAGGGAGGCAUUCCGGGUAUUUGACAAGGAUGGCAAUGGCUUCAUCAGUGCUGCCGAGCUUCGCCAUGUGAUGACAAAUCUUGGUGAGAAGUUGACAGAUGAGGAAGUUGAUGAAAUGAUCAGGGAAGCAGAUAUUGAUGGUGAUGGUCAGGUCAACUAUGAAGAGUUUGUAGCUAUGAUGACUUCAAAGUGAGAACUGUUUUCAAGGUCUUUCAUUAUUCACGUGCGUGCCACCUCCUAUUUCAACGUUGCCACCUGUCAUGGACUUCUCAACUAUAUCCCCUUCUCAUAUGGACAGACCUACAUUGUAAACCUGCCAUCUUUUCUACAAUGCAUGUAGCAUGGCUGUAUUGUCUUCUCUUCACUUAAGUCAAGUUUAUAUGCUUUGAAACUGCGCAUUCCAUGCCAAGGAUAUUUCCCAGCUUUCCCUACCCGCAGCCAUCUACCUAUUAAACUUGUUACUCUUUCUCACCAUGGAAAUGUUCCUGGAUGCUGUUUAGUGCUUAUUGAGUACUCCACUCUGUCUCUUGGACCACUAUCUUAGAUGCUUUCCCUUGUGCCUUGUAGCAAUCCAUAUAAAACCCUCAAACAAUGCACGCGCACCUUGUACAAUUCAAUUGGCAGCAAUAUCAAUAUUUAGGUUUUUUGUAAGUAUACUCUCCUGUAUAUAGAGAGCUCUAUGAUUGUGUAGAGUGAUUUGGUAAUUUCUUUUUAAUUAUUCAUGAUAUUGACUGUUCUGAAGAGUAAACUUUAACAGGGUUUGUUUUGUGUUUUAUUUCUGGUUGUUGCUCUGGCAAUUGCAAGAACCUAUUUUUCCCUGCAAUUUAUGUUUUUUCGCAAGAAUGUGUGAGUUGCUUAAGGCAGAAUUUUUUGCAUUCCAUAAUUUCAUGUUUUAUGUUUUCCAUCAUUUUUUGCAAUCUUUCAAUCUUGUUUACUGCAUAAACCUUGAAUUGGAGAAAAAAAAAUGAAAUAUAUAUGUUGCAAGCCUUUUGAUGGGCCUUUUGCAGAAAGUUUUUCAAGUAUGCAAAGUACAGUGAUCAUGUGGAUUGUUCAUGUAGAUAAACUUCUGUAUCAUUUGUAAGAGAAGACGUUCCCUUUGGGCUAAAUCUCUGAACGAAGUGAUUUUAUAUUAAAACGUGCCAUAAUGACAUGAAAUGCAUGUUAUGCAAUGGAGCUGAUAUACAAAAGGAAAAAAAGCAUGAUGAAUCCAUUUUUGAAUGACAGCAUUUGGUUUUCAUGGGGAAACAGUUGAGCUCAACUAAAAAUUUGAUUUAUCUUUUUGUACUUAUUUACUUCUUGAUGUCUCCUGAUAGUGCUUUUUUUCAAGACUUCCUAAACAGUCUUUCCUUGAUUACAUUGCUUAUAACAUAUUACCUACAUAUGUUUACAUAUCAACCGAUAAUGUGUUCGUCAACAAACAUGCAUAUAAUACAGUAGUUGUAUAUAUAUAAUAGCUGUAUGUGAUUUCUUUGAGUCAUAUAAAUUGGGCUCAGCUCAUAUUUAUAGAUACGGAAGAUGUACUGUAUUCUACUCAUAGAUUAACUUAAGACGAUUCCUAGCAAACUAUUUAACAAAAGUUCAUUGAUAUCAUUUAUGCAUGAAUAUCAAUUAUGUCUGGAUUAAUCAGUGUUCACUGUUUCGUUACCAGUUUUCAAAUAUAACAUAAUAUUGGUAUUAUCAUACAGGUACAUGUACAAUUAGAAGCAGCUCAACAAUACUAAUCAUAUACUAUUGACAUGUAAAAAAAUGUUGUUCUUGUCUCUUUUGUUAGCUGUGAUCCAUUCUUGUUAUCACUGAGUAUGUGCAGCAAGUGCAGUUAAAGUCCACAAUGCUAUCAAACAUACACCCAUCAUGACCCAUGGAAUUCAGUUCAAUUUGUUCGCUUGCCAAACAUCGUAAAAUUUACUAUAUGAGCUUCAGAAAUAUAGAUACUACCAUGAUGAAUUUGGUAUCAAAUGAAAGAGCAUAUUAAGCUAUUUCACAUGAUAGGGAUUCCGUUGGGAUUAAAGUAUAUUUCAGGUGGAAUUUUCUUUGAAGAAAAAAAGGAAUAUUCAUGCCGAAUGUAUUCUGUUAUAUUUUCAAACAUCGUUUCAUAGAAAUAUAUAAAUGUCAAAUCUAUGAUUUAUAUUACAUUUUCUAUCAUAUGUCACCACUGAACAAAAAAGGUGUAAACUGAAAUGUUUGUGUUGAGAAGUAACUAGCACAAAUUUUUUUGGGGUCAAGUUUCUAUUUUUGAUUUGUCUAAAAUAUGAAGAUUUUUUGGGGAGAAAUGACACCUAGAUAUUUUUUAUUUUUAAAUGACGAAGCAAUGUGAUGAAGGGGCAUGCAGAGCUGCCAAAUAGUACGAUUUUGUCGUAUUCCGUACGAUUUUUCACUUAAAAUACGACACUAGGAUUUUUACAAAUAAAAUACGAUUUUUUGAAAAUAUAGCUAUGGUAAGGCUCGACAUAACAGAAAUCCACCUCGGGCAAUCAUUAUUGAAAAAUGUUAAGUUUUGGUGGCCCGAAUCGGGCAACCAAUAAUUUUCAAAGUAGCGCAAUUUUUCUCCCGAUUUUGCACCAUUUAUCAACUUUAUACAGUUCAAAUUGCAACCAAUUCGUCAUGCGCCCUUUUUGUUGAUCUACACACAAAUACACACACACAUGACAGUACAUAGGCUUACCGCUCUAGCAUACAGUAGCUAUUAUCCAGCCGGCCGGCUGGCGUGCGUGAGCUUUGCAUGAAACCACUGCAGCUACAUGUAGCUAUCUGUGCGCUAUCAGCCUAUUCAGACUCGGGGAGCUACGAUACGAAAUGUUGCUGCUAAGAUAUCUUCCACAGAACUUUGAAAAUCUAUUUGCAAGCAUUAAAAACAGGAAUUAUGACCUCUCUUUUGACUCAAAAAGACCGAUUUCCAAAUGUAUUAAUACACAUAAAAACACAUAGGUGAGUACAUCACAGUCCCAUAUGUGCAUUUGUAUGUAUGUUGAUACUUGGUUUCUUUCGAAGCUGUGUCUUUUCUAGCAAAAAAUAAGCAGACAGUUUUUUCCUUUUUGUCUCACCUGCAUAGCAGAGUGAGACUAUAGGCGCCGCUUUUCCGACGGCGACGGCGGCGGCGACGACGGCGGCGGCGGCGUCAACACCAAAUCUUAACCUGAGGUUAAGUUUUUGAAAUGACAGCAUAACUUAGAAAGUAUAUGGACCUAGUUCAUGAAACUUGGCCAUAAGGUUAAUCAAGUAUUACUGAACAUCCUGCCUGAGUUUCAUGUCACAUGACUAAGGUCAAAGGUCAUUUAGGGUCAAUGAACUUAGACCAUGUUGGGGGAAUCAACAUCAAAAUCUUAACCUAAGGUUAAGUUUUUGAAAUGUCAUCAUAACUUAGAAAAUAUAUGGACCUAGUUCAUGAAACUUAUACAUAAGGUUAAUCAAGUAUCACUGAACAUCCUGCAUGAGUUUCACGUCACAUGACCAAGGUCAAAUUACAGUGAGCACAACAAAAUAAUGAGAUGUAUAGUAGGAAAGUACACGACGGGUAUGAAUAGGAUUUUUUGUCUAAAAAUAGGAUUUUUUGGGUGAAAUAAUAGGAUUUUUUGUCAAGUGUGGUUGGCAGCUCUGGGCAUGGUUUAUACUCAUUUGUUAAUUACCAAAUUCGUCAUGAUACACUGUAGCACAAAUAUUUUAUUAGAUGCAGGAAAUUUGAAGGUGUUGGCAAGUGUCAACUUUACUUUGAAUUCCAUGGGUGUAUGUAAACUUCUGGCCCCAACUGUAUAUUGAAUGUUUGACAAAUCCAUCAAAGUUGUGAAUUUUAAGUUUUGAUAUUGUGUUAGAAAUGAGAGCAGCACCAAUAUAAAUUCCAUUAAAAGUA